GGGUAGUUGCUAUCGUAGUCGCACAAGAAUCAUGAUACUUGGAUGAACAAGGUUUUUCGGUAGCUUUCUUCAGAAGUUUUGGCGUUGUUACUAGCACGAGCACCACAAUCUAGAAACCUUGUAUUUGAAAAAGAAAAAUGAUAGCUCGCAGCCCCUGCGGCCGAACUAGUUCGGCAAUUUUCUUUUUUUGGCCGGUUGUUCUGUGGAAGCGUAUCGGUGCAGCGCGCGCGGGAGCACAGCAUCCCUUACCUGCUGUUUUUAUUCGCGACCCUGGUGACCUGCGUGCUGGAAGUACAAGCAGUGCCUCCAGUAGCAAGUCGGAUGCGAACCUCAAGACAGUUGAAGCAGGAGCCAAUGCAGAUGAAGAUGCACCAGAAGGAGCGCGACACCGACCAGAAGCUCCUCCUUCCCCGCUUCCCACAAGAACCUCUCCGCAGGAGUGCUGGAUCUGCUUGGGGCCAUUUGGGGAAGCAGGCACCCCAAACGAAGCCUGCGGCCUUUUCCACUUAGCACCCACGGCGGAAGCACAAGGCCACGCCAACACCGCAACCCGGAUGCACCUAGCCCACCAGUAUUGCUUGGAAGAUUGGCGGAUUAAUGGAAGGAACCGUAGCUGGGAAAAUCUCUGCACGCAAUGUGGCAAUCAAGGUUUUGCGAUCGUUCCGGAACGGUAUUACUUCCCGCAUAAAGAACUCAAACUAGGACGAGCGCGCCCUGAUUCAGCUGGAGAUGAGGAUUUGAGCCUUUCCGCAGAAGCGUUGUCCUACCAACUCGAAGCGACCGAGCGGGAACUUUUAGCUGCGCGCUCGCUUUGUGUACCGCGAGAUGAUAAUGUCGAUGAAAUAAACGAGCAAAGAUGUAGUUGCUGUCAAAAGUGCCCCUCGCAGAUAGUCCGCCGAUACGUAUGGGAUAAGACUUCCUGUGCAGCUACAGCGGCGACAUGUUUGACAUCACUGGGCUGUCUGGCUGGGGUAGCUGGCAUCGCGAUCGCAGCGUCCGCGGAGUAUGGUGCGGAGAUUCAGACUGGUGCUGCCUCGUUUGGAAGCGGGGUGCUACUUGCGGCUUGCGGCUUGCGGGGUCGGGUUGCGUUGGUGCUGUGGUGUGGAAAUCAAUCCCGAUGGAGAAGCUGCACUUGAAGUGAGUCGUCACGAUUCGCAGGCGCACCAAACGGAACAAUUCUGGAGGACACGUGCGGCGAAGCUGGAAAAGCAGUGUCAGGAACUCCGGAGGAGGCUCGAGGAGUGUCAGGCGCAACAUCAGGGAGGGCGACCACAGGGCGUGCCAUCGUUCCCUGUUGCUGAUUCGCCACGAGAACUAGCAGCAGCUAGCUCGGAGUCGGACGCGACGCCGGGAGGAGGUCGCCCUCGCGCCUCGCUGCUUGCAACACUUUCACGGAUGAACGCAGCAAGCUCGUCCGACACUGAUCCUCGAGGGCAUUUUCGCGAUGACGAGUUUUUGUACCGCCUCGAAGCGGGUGCGGUGCAUUCAAUAGCAUGACAAGUUGUCGAUGUCGGUUUUGAUCUUCGAUGCUGUAGUGGUAUUAAUUUUGAUUUAUCCGUCCCCCUUCCACCCAAGAACCUGUGGUUAUGUGAGUCUGAUCCAAUUUUCGUGUCGGUUAAGGAGGUAGUCGGUGCGCAAAUGUACCUGUAUAUCUGUUUCUCCAGAGAACCUGAAGAAUAUUUACCGUCUGCUGGAUUCAAAAAACGUCCUCGCAACGCAAUCAUGUACAAUACAAAAGAGAGAAGAAUAUUUUUGACAAGGCCACACUCCACGACGACGC